GAGACUGUCUCUGCAGCGCAGAGCAGGAAAGAUGGUGUUUCAUGACUUAGAUAGUUUGCUGGGACUUGGUGAAUGCUUUAUAUGUUGAGGACAUUUUUUAAAAAUCUGAUAUUUAGUGUCCAGACCAGCAGCAUCCAUGUCCUUGCUGUCCCAGCUCAUCACCCGGUGGACUCUCUCUGCUCUGUCCUUGCUUCUUGUGUGGCUUGUGGGAAGACCGCUGGGUCUCGGGGUGGGCAUAAAGAUGGCCCAGACCCUGAAUUGUUACCGGUGGGGCACACCCAGCGACAGGGGGUUGUUUGAGGACGGGGAUGUGAUCUUCGGCGGGCUGUUUAGCCUUCGUUACAUGCCUCCUGCUAAGGACUAUAGAUUCACUCAGCAGCCAGACAACAAACCUUGCACAGGUUUACAAAAUCUACCAUUACAGUACAUCUAUGCUAUGGUGUUUGCUCUGGAGGAAAUCAACCACAGCUCCACUUUACUGCCAGGUGUGAAGCUGGGCCAUCACAUUCAUGAUAGCUGUGCCCUCCCUGCUUGGGCUCUGCAGGCUGCAUUGUCAAUGGUUGGUGGAGACACCCAGAGCUGUAAUUCGGAUGCUAUAUCCGAGGAGGAAUUAGGAGCCGGAUCAGGCAAAGGUGAUCGGCCUGUGCCUUUGAUCAUUGGUGGUUCCUCUUCUAUAACAGCCCAGAUAUUGUCCAGACUCUUGGGACCCCUUUCUGUUCCUCUUGUAAGCUACACAGCUAGUUCCCCAAGUUUAAGUGACAGGCAACAAUAUCGCAAUUUCUUCCGAACCAUGGCCAGUGAUAUAUAUCAAGCACGUGCUAUUGCUCAACUCGCUAUAAAGUUUAACUGGACCUGGAUUGGAGCAGUGGUGGCAAACAAUGAUUAUGGCCUCAUGGCAGUGAAGGUAAUUCAGGAGGAAAUUCAAGAGUCAAGGGUGUGCUUGGCAUUUGUGGAGACCCUCCAAAGGGAAAACAUCGUAAGUGAUGCCAGACGAGCAGCACUUGCCAUUCAAGCUUCAACUGCGAAGGUGAUUUUGAUCUUCACCUGGUAUACAGACGUGAUGGAACUGUUCAAACAACUUGAGAAGUUGAAUGUGACUGACAGACAAUUUCUGGCAAGUGAGGCUUGGAGCACCAGUAGUGAUCUUCGCCAGAGUACUUUCUCACGUAGAGUCGCAAGUGGUGUUCUUGGUGUGGCCAUCCGAAGUUCCCCACUGCCUGGAUUUGAAACUUAUCUUCGUAAUUUAAAUCCAUCGCGUCGCCGAAAUGAUCAGUUCUUAAAGGAAUUUUGGGAAGAGGAGUUUGGAUGUAGUCCUGGAACUACGACGGCUCCUCUUUUUGCGUCUCUUCCCCCCUGCAAUGGCACAGAGAGCCUGUGGGCUGUAAAUAAUGUCUUCACUGACACGUCCCAGCUACGGGUGACAUACAACGUCUAUCUUGCAGUCUAUGCUGCAGCCCACGCCCUUCACUCCCUACUUUCCUGCCCCAAUGUUAACAGCUCUCCUGGACGUAACAUCACUUGUUCAUUUAGGAGUCCAGUGAAGCCCAUUGAGCUGAUGGAGCAGCUCAGCAAAGUGAACUUCACCACACCACAGGGUGAAGUGUUUUAUUUCCAAGGCGCCGACAUCACAGCAAAGUAUGACCUUGUGAACUGGCAGAGCAGCCCAGAGGGACAGGUGAAACUUGUUUUGAUUGGUCGUGUGGAUGGCUUUGACCUCCACCUUACUGAGUCUGCUAUUCAGUGGAGCACAGGGUCCAGCCAGGUGCCUGUUUCCGUCUGCAGUGAAGCUUGCCCGCCAGGUACACGGAUGGCCACCAGGAAAGGAGAGCCCAUCUGCUGUUUUGACUGCAUCCCGUGCGCUGACGGAGAGAUUAGCAACACAACUGGGUCCACUCAAUGUGAUCAAUGUCCAUCUGAGUUCUGGUCCAACGCAGAGCAUACCGCCUGUGUCCUUCGCCAGCUGGACUUCCUUUCUUUCAAUGAAACUUUGGGCAUUACCCUCACAGCAGUUGCUGUUUCUGGUGUCACAGUGACAAUUGCUGUGUUUGUGGUGUUCCUUUACUAUCGUCAGACACCAAUGGUGCGAGCCAACAACUCAGAGCUCAGCUUUCUGCUACUCCUGUCGCUGAAGCUCUGCUUUCUGUGCUCGCUGGUGUUCAUUGGCCGUCCCUCGGUGUGGUCAUGUCGCUUCCAGCAGGCAGCCUUUGGGAUCAGCUUUGUCCUUUGUGUUUCCUGCCUACAAGUGAAAACAAUUGUGGUUCUGGCAGCAUUCCGCUCAGCUCGGCCUGGUGCUGGAGCACUUAUGAAGUGGUUCGGUCCCGGGCAGCAGAGAGGAAGUGUCUGCUUCUUUACAUCCAUACAGGUUAUCAUCUGUAUUAUUUGGCUGUCUCUUAGUCCUCCAGAGCCUCAACCCGACUUGGAGAUCCCAGGGUUACAUGUUACCCUGAAGUGUGCCAUGGACUCUGUGGUUGGCUUCUCUCUAGUGCUAGGCUACAUUGGCCUCCUGGGCUGCACCAGCCUCCUUUUGGCCUUUCUUGGCAGGAAACUCCCGGACAACUUCAACGAGGCCAAACUGAUCACCUUUAGCAUGCUGAUUUUCUGUGCUGUCUGGGUGGCUUUUGUUCCUGCUUAUGUGAGUUCACCUGGAAAAUAUGCGGUUGCAGUGGAAAUUUUUGCCAUCCUUGCCUCGAGUUACGGGUUACUCUUCUGCAUCUUUGCGCCAAAGUGUUUCAUCAUUCUUUUGAGACCAGAGAAAAACACUAAGAAGCAUCUGAUGGCAAGACAGUAAUGACUGUCUUGCCCAUCAAUUUUAUGAUGAGAUGUAUUUAUUUUAUUGCUCGGUUUUAAGUUGAUUUUCUUUUUUCAAAUGUUGCACAACAUUUUUAAAUACCUGGAAGAAAAUGAUUAUAAUUUAAUGUGUAUUGUUGAUAUUUGUUAUUUUGGGAAAGAAUUGGCUUGCAAAAGGUAAUUUCAGUAAUGUAAGUAAAACAUUUUUUUUCUUAUUAAUUGUUCAGAUUCCUUUAAUAUAGGUCUGAGUUCCUUGACAUAAUUCUGUUUCGUUAUUUGCUGAAAAUUGUUUUUGGCGAUCUAAGGAGAACAAGCAUCUAUAGUAAAACUGUGUAGUGCUGUUCACAGCUGUUAUAUAGCCUCCAAAUGUAAUUACAUGUAUUUGUCAUUACCUCACUGAAAAAAAGAUUUAAACAUU